AUGACCUCUGUCUCUCAAUCGAGUGAUGUUACCAACAGAAACAUCACACGAUUGAGUCGUGGCAAUCCCAGGCUCACUUUCACCGGCAUCCAAAGGGAACUGGCCGUUGCCAGUGAACAAAUUCCGUCGACAAGAACUAUUCGGAGACGUUUACAAGCUGCCGGGCUAAAUGGAAGGCGUCCUGCGAAGAAGCCGUUGAUUUCGGAGAAGAAUCGUGGUGCUCGUGUCAGGUGGGCACAGGAGCAUAUCGGUUGGACUCGCCAGCAAUGGAAUAAUGUUCUAUUUUCUGACGAAUCCAAGUUCAACCUGAUGGGAAGUGACGGGAUCAAGUAUAUCAGACGUCCACUCGGCAGAAGAUUCGAUCCUUUGUAUCAACUGCCCACUGUGCUGGAGGGAACGUGA